UUCAAAGCGCCUUAAUUCUGUUGGUUCAUGUUAUAUGUGAUAAGCCAGGGUUUAUUUUUUAAUUUUAAUUCGAAGGGCCACUUUAACCUUAUUCUUUUAUUGACCCAUUUAAAUCUUGUAGUAACUUUUAAUGACAGAAGUUUAAUUCAUUAAAUGGAAAAAAGAAAGAAGAGAAAGAGUUUUAAGCAACGUUUUAUUUGUUUUAAUGUUUUAAAUAGAAGGAAAAGUAGGAAAAAGCUUAUUGAGCAAGAAGCAAGAGAAGAUGAUGAAGCAGCUAAAUUACUCCAAGAAAAAUCAGAAAAGACUCCAGAUGUUAAAUGUAACACAAAUGGAGUAACACCUAAAGAACAGUCAAAUCCACUGGAUACCAGUAAGUACCUGGAUAUAUCAUUAAAAAGGGGAGGUGCUGGUUUAGGAUUCAGUAUAGCAGGAGGUAAAGACAACCCACAUAUAGACAAUGAACCACAUAUUUAUAUAACUAAAAUAAUUCCCGGUGGUGCUGCACACCAAGAUGGACAAAUGCAAGUUGGUGAUAUCAUUCUUAAAGUUAAUGAUACAGAUACUGUUGAUGUAGAACACAUUGUUGCUGUCAAUGCAUUGAAAAGUGCUGGCGAAGAAGUGAAUCUUAAAAUUAAGCGUAUUAAACCAAUUGAAGAACCAAUUCAGAUCAUUAACAUUCAACUGAAUAAAGGAGAUACAGGAUUGGGUUUCACCAUAGCUGGUGGUAUUGACAACCAACAUAUACCUGGUGAUAAUGGAAUAUUUGUCACUAAAAUUAUUCCAGGUGGUGCUGCUCAGAAGGAUGGACAAAUGCAAGUAGAUGAUAAAAUAUUAAUGGUAAAUGACACAGAUCUUCAAAACACUUCUCAUGAAAAUGCAGUUUUAGUUCUGAAAUCAACAAAUCAAAGUGUAAAGAUUAAAAUUGCACGAAUGGCCCAGGGUACACAAAAAUCUUUAGAAGAAAAUUCUGCACCAUCUCAUCCUUCACCAUCUGUUUCAUUUAGUGAUACAGAUGGAGGAAUUACUUCUUCAAUGGCAUUAAAAAAUAAAACAGUUGAGUAUGAUGACAGUCAAGAUCUAAAUGUUUCUAAUGCAAAUGAUUUUACAAGGGAACCACGCAUAGUUGAGUUGCACAGAGGUCCUUCUGGAUUAGGAUUUAAUAUUGUUGGUGGAGAAGAUGGAGAAGGUAUUUUCAUUUCCUUUAUUCUAGCUGGCGGACCAGCUGAUUUAUCUGGACAUGUGAAACGUGGUGAUCAAAUCCUGAUGGUUAAUGAUAUUGACAUAGUUACAGCCACUCAUGAAAAAGCUGCUGCUGCACUCAAAGGAGCUGGUUUAACAGUCAAUCUAAAGUUACAAUACAAACCAGAAGAAUAUAAUCGUUUUGAACAAAAAAUUCAUGCAUUGCGAGAUCGUAUGAUGAACAGUACUGGUGGUGGUAGUCUAAAGACAUCAGCAAAGCGUACGCUAUAUGUUAGGACAUUAUUUAACUAUGAUAAAACAAAAGACAGUGGUUUACCAUCACAAGGGUUAAGUUUUUCUUAUGGCGAUAUUCUUCAUGUAACAAAUGCUAGUGAUGAUGAAUGGUGGCAAGCAUAUAGACUCAAUGCUGCAGGAGAAGAAGAGGAAUUAGGAGUUAUUCCAAGUAAAAGGAGAGUUGAGAGAAAGGAAAGAGCUCGUCAGAAGACUGUUAAGUUUAAGCAAUCUCAAACAAGCGAGGAUGAUGGGAAGAAUAGUGCAAAUUCAAAUGCAUCAUUUAAUUCAAAAUCUAAACGUAGCUUUAACUUUGCUAAACGAUUCCCCUUUAAAGGACAAAAAGAAACUGAUGGAGAAUCUGAGACUGACACUGUUGCAAAAGAUGAGACACUUGCAAAAACAGAAGAAAUUAUUUUAUCUUAUGAAUGCGUUGCGCAACAAGAGCUUAAAUACACAAGACCAGUUAUAAUUCUUGGACCUUUAAAAGAUAGAUUGAAUGAUGAUCUAAUACAAGAAUUUCCAGAAGAGUUUGGAAGUUGUGUGCCUCACACUACAAGACCUCCUCGAGAUCAUGAAGUCGAUGGUAGAGAUUAUCAUUUUGUUACAUCUCGUGAAAAAAUGGAAGAAGACAUCGCUAACCAUCUUUUUAUUGAAGCCGGUCAAUAUAAUGACAAUCUUUAUGGUACAAGUGUUGUUUCUGUUCGUGAAGUUGCAGAAAAAGGCAAACAUUGCAUAUUAGAUGUUAGUGGCUAUGCAAUUAAACGCCUUCAGGUGGCUCAGCUCUAUCCAAUAUCAAUAUUUAUAAAACCUCUUUCCGUUGAAUGGAUGCAAGAAAUGAACAAACGUUUAGUUCUUGAACCAGCACAAAAAGCUUUCGAACGUGCUCAAAAACUUGAGCAGGAGUUUGGGGAAUAUUUUACCGCCAUCGUUACUGGAGAUUCUUACGAUGAAAUAUACUCUAAGACGAAACAAAUAAUCAAGCAGCAAAGCGCUCCCAUUGUAUGGAUUCCAACCAAAGAGAAGUUAUAAUGGGAUUUACAUAAACGGUCUGUAAAUUAGCAUUCCUACGCUCUAAGUCACCUAUACUAACCGAAUUCUAUGAAAUAGAUUAUAAAAAACUAGACCUUUAUUAAACGAAUAUUAGGCUAGGGUGCUUUGGGUACUUUUUUUCGGAACAUAUUUUUAAAUAUCCGCAAUAGUCCUAAACAGAAAAUUCACUUAUGUUUCGAUAUUAUGCCAUUCUUCAUUGUUGCUUUGUUCUGAGAACAAGUUAUUAACACAUUAGUGUGAUUUUUAAUUUUAAAGAUGUCUAUAAUGUUUUUUAUGGUUAAUUUUUAUCUUGCUUCUAUUAAAAAGCUUUAUUUAAACAACUUUAUAUAACAUUCUCUAUAUAUAAAAAUUCCUAACAAAAAAACAUCUUUGAGCAAAAUUUGGAAUGUUUGCUUUUAUGAGUUGUCGUACUUAUGUAGUUUUUUAUGGCAACGAUUUGGAGAGGUUUUUUAAUGAGCUUAAAUUUAGAAAUUUUAGUAAAUGAAUAAAUCUUUUUUUAUAAUUUAUAUUUUAAUACUUGUGUAAUUCUUAUCAAUUACUUUAUAAUUUCUAUUAGUAAUGUUUUUUUUGUUUUUUUCUGUACAUAGGGUAAUUAUCUCAAGUAAAGAGAAAAAUUUUAUUUUGUGUAAAAA